GGUGAACACGCGUAGAUGAUCCUAAUCAGAACUGUGUAGGAUUUGCAUUUGGUUUGAGAGCUUGUAAGAUUGCUCAUCAUGGAGAAACAGCAGAUUGUCUUGGGUAGCCGGGAUGGUGGGACUGUGUCUGGUGCAGCGCCUGCUUUUUUUGUCAUCUUGAAACAACAGCAGGGAAACGGUAAAGCUGACCAAGGAAUCCUAGUAGCAGACCGCGAUGCUUGUGCUCUCGCCAGCAGUGUGUCGACUCCAGUAAAAUCCAAAGUCAAGACCUGCCUCCCAGCUGACUGUGUCUCAGGGGGCAUUACUGUCACCCUGGAUAACAACAGUAUGUGGAAUGAAUUCUACCAUCGCAACACAGAGAUGAUUCUGACGAAGCAGGGGAGGCGCAUGUUCCCGUACUGCCGGUACUGGAUUACAGGUCUGGAUGUCAGUCAGAAGUACAUCCUAGUCAUGGACAUAUCCCCUGUGGACAAUCACCGAUACAAAUGGAACGGCCGUUGGUGGGAGCCCAGCGGGAAGGCAGAACCGCACGUUCUUGGUCGAGUGUUCAUUCAUCCAGAAUCACCUUCCACUGGCCAAUAUUGGAUGCACCAGCCAGUAUCCUUCUACAAACUCAAACUUACUAACAAUACACUGGACCAGGAAGGUCAUAUAAUCUUACAUUCUAUGCACCGUUACCUGCCACGACUUCACUUGGUGCCUGCAGACAAAGCCACAGAAGUAAUUCAGCUCAAUGGCCCCGAUGUCCAUACGUUUACCUUUCCACAGACAGAGUUCUUCGCAGUUACAGCCUACCAGAACAUCCAGAUUACCCAGCUGAAAAUAGAUUACAAUCCUUUUGCUAAAGGGUUCAGAGAUGAUGGGUUGAAUAGUCGACCUCAGCGCGAUGUGAAACAAAACAAUAACUUGGAAUUGGAAGCAGGUGAUGUUUUUAGCGCUGCUGGCAUUUGUGGUCGCCCUGCUGGGGUUGAUGGAUUGAAUUUGCAUCAGAGAAGUUUAGAUUCUUCAUUCAUUGGUCAAAACCCAUCAGACAUGGAUCUGGAAAAAGAGUCCUUUAAUGCAGAAAGGGACUUCCUGGGUUUCCUGGACACUGACCUGCCUUCAGGUGAUAUGCCAAAGCUAAAACAAGAAGUCUCUGAGAGUCCCAUUGCUAGCAGUUACGAAAGCAGUUCCCGUGUGGCAUCCCCAUUGGACCCAAAUGGACACUUUAAUGUAGUCAUUAAAGAGGAACCAGUAGAUGACUAUGACUAUGAGUCAAAUAUUUGCACACAGGGAAUAAGUGUGAAACAGGAAGACACAGAUGAAGAAACUGAUGAGUAUUCCAACACUGAUGAUGAUGAUCCUGUCCUACAAAAACACAUGAUGAGACACGGUGAAACGGAUGGAAUUGAUGGAGAAUUCAGAUCUAGGAAGCGUGUGCUAACCAGUCCUUCAGGUGUUGCCAAAGCAAAAAUGUUAAAACUGGAUAGUGGGAAGAUGCCUGUGGUCUAUUUGGAACCUUGUGCAGUCACAAAGAGUACAGUGAAGAUAUCUGAGCUGCCACAGACCAUGCUGUCCUCUUGCAAGAAGGAGAAAUCCCCUUUAAGUGCAGUACUGGAUUCCUUGCCUGUGUGUUUCGAAAAUCACAAAGGCUCUUGCUCAGGCACAGCCACUGUAACUGAGGAGGUGGUUAUCAAAAAACAAUCUCCUGGGAGUAAAAUGUCACAGAAAUAUGCUUCAAUCAGAGAGGCCCAGUGGGCUCUGUCUAAAUCACCUAAUUUUAAUCUCAGGGGCUCAGUAAGUUGUCACUUUUCAACUAAAGAGAUCUGUGGAAGAAAAAGGCCUGGCAUGCUGAAGAAUCCCUUGUCCCUGAAAGGUGCUGGUAGCAAUCAAAACGCCCUGUCAUCAGUUACAACUAAAAGAGGAAGGCCACGGAAACUGAAAAUUUCAAAGGCUGGUCGACCACCUAAAGCUAUAGGGAAAUCUGUAAUAACAAGUAAGAACACCUCUUUGGGGCCUGGGGGUAUCCUUCCAGAUGUUAAGCCGGACCUUGAAGAUGUUGAUGGAGUCCUCUUUGUGUCCUUUGCAUCAAAGGAAGCUCUUGACAUUCACACUGUUGAUAGAGCUGGAGGAGAAGAGUCACAGAAUCUUCAGGCUCCCUUGUUGACUACAAAUGAUCCAGAUUGUCAAGCAAGAAUACAAGUGUUGGAAAAGGAAUUGAUGGAAGAGCUGAAGACCUUGAGGCAUAAGCAAGUAAUACAUCCUAGCCUUCAGGAAGUGGGACUGAAGUUGAAUUCUGUGGACCCAACAAUGAGCAUUGACUUGAAAUACUUGGGUGUGCAGCUUCCUCUUUCCUACUCAAAUUACUCUUUCUGGAGCUAUCCAGGAACCAAUCCCAAUUCUCCAGAUACCGGAUUUCCCUUUGUUUCCAGGACAGGAAAGACAAAUGAUUUCACAAAAAUCAAAGGCUGGCGAGGGAAGCUUCAUGGUGCUGCUAGAAAUGAAGGUGGCAGUUCAGAAGGUUCCUUGAAGAAUCGGUCAGCAUUCUGUAGUGACAAGCUGGAUGAGUACCUGGAAAAUGAAGGGAAGUUGAUGGAAACGAGUAUGGGAUUCUCUUCUAGUGCUCCCACUUCUCCUGUAGUGUAUCAGCUUCCCACUAAGAGCACUAGCUAUGUGCGAACUCUCGACAGUGUUUUAAAGAAGCAGUCCACCAUAAUUCCUUCAACAUCUUACACGUCCAAGCCUGCUCCUCUGUCAUCUACCUCUAGGAAGACAAAGACUCAAAACAGACGGACAUCUACAAACAGUAGAGUAAAAUCGUCUUACAAGCCUAUACUGCCUGCACCUCUUUCUGCAAAGCAGAAACAGAACUCCUCCACAUCCGGGGAAAAGGCUGCUAAGUCUGUCUCAAGUAGCAGUUUAACUAACCAAGCAGAUAAUUUCGUGGUCCCAGCUUUGGAUGAAAACAUACUUCCGAAACAGAUUAAUUUGCGCCAAGCAUCACAACAGCAACAAGCAGCUCGUCCACCAGGUUUGUCUAAAUCUCAGGUGAAGUUAAUGGACUUGGAAGACUGUGCUCUCUGGGAUGGCAAACCGCGGACCUAUAUAACGGAAGAACGAGCAGACAUCUCUCUAUCAACCCUGCUUACAGCCCAGGCUUCUCUAAAAAACAAACCUAUCCACAAAAUAGUAAGACGACGAGCACCUCCUUGCAAUAAUGAUUUCUGCCGACUGGGUUGCAUAUGUGCCAGUCUAGCACUGGAAAAACGUCAGCCUACCCACUGCCGCAGGCCAGACUGUAUGUUUGGUUGUACUUGCUUGAAGAGAAGAGUGUUGCUGGUGAAGGGAGGAUCAAAACAUAAGAAAGUAAUGAAAAAGGCUGUACGUGGAAAUCUUGUGUUCUGUGGAACACAAGAUGAUCAGCAAGAGGAUGAAGAUUUGGAAGAAGAGGGUGAUGGGGAGGAAGAUGAGCUGAAGCAGAAAGAUAAGAAGAAGAGGAAAAGGGUGGAAUACACUAUAUGUGACUCGGAGCCAGAACAGCCUGUUAGGAAUUGUCCGCUGUGGGUGAAAGUAGAAGGUGAAAUAGAUCCAGAGCCAAUCUACAUCCCAACACCAUCUGUUGCUGAACCAGCUAAAUCUGCGGCACUGCCCAACCCUGAAGUCUUGCAUCAUUCUAGCAAGCAUAGAUCUUCCAGUGGAAUGAAAACAGGCAGAGUGUAUACGCCUAAACCCAAUCCAGUGAUUCGAGAGGAGGACAAGGAUCCUGUCUACUUGUACUUUGAAAGUAUGAUGACUUGUGCGAGGGUCCGAGCAUAUGAACACAGGAGAGAGGAGAAGUCACAAAAAGACAAAAGUGAUUCACCGAGUUCUAGUAUAAAGGAGCACGAACCAGAGCUUCUGUCUCCUGAGAAAGCAGCCUGUGAGAUAGACCAAGACACUGAUAAAUCAGGAGAGAAAAGCUGGUGGUCUUCCCGUAGUGAGGGGGACUCUUCCUCCACCUCCUAUGUUCAUCACACCACUCCAGGUGGACCAACCAAACUUAUUGAGAUGAUCUCUGACUGCCACUGGGAGGAAGAUCACAAUAAGAUCUUGACCAUCUUACCACAGCAUAUCAACAGUAACGCACCACAGUGCCUCAAAGUGGGUAGCUUCAUUAUUGAAUUGGCUUCGGAACACAAGGCCCAGGCUGAGAAGCACCCUCCUGUCUACUCCUCCAGAGUGAAAAUUUCAGUGCCGUCCUACCAGGACAAGGACGAGAAGCCUGAGAUACCUGUCUUGGAGACUCUUGAUAGCGGAGUGCCGUCAUGCAAAAAUCCAGACGACCUAAAGUUCUUGCGGGCAGACACAUUGGACAAACUGCAGGAGAAGUUGCAUGGGGGCAAAGGUUUGCCUUUUUAUGCAGGGGUUUCUCCUGCGGGAAAGCUGGUCGUCUACAAACGCAAAGCUAAUAUGAGCCCCUCUGGCUUGAUUCAGGUUAAUGAUAAAAGGUAUCCUCAGGCCAAACUGCUUUUGGGACAGAUGGGGGCAUUACAUCCCGCCAAUCGGCUAGCAGCUUAUAUCACAGGCAGGCUGCGACCCACAGUACUUGAUAUCUCAACCCUCAGUACUGUGAUCUCCAAGGUAGCAUCCAAUGCCAAAGCAACUUCUUCUGGGACACCAUCAGUCCAGGUGCCCACAACAUCAGCUCCCAAAACUACAUCUUCCACCAGCACUACUUCAACCCCCACUGUGACGACUCUGAAAACCCAUGUCCCAGCACAGAGACAGAUAGCUGCCCGACCCUCGCCUGGUGGUGUGUUCACACAGUUUGUGAUGAACAAAGCUGGAGCUCUGCAGCAGAAGAUUCCUGGAUCGAGCACACGCCAGCCACUGUUAGGACCACAGAAGUUCAAUCUCAAGCCUACGUCGAUAAUGGUUGUCACUCCCGUGGUUCCCUCGAGGCCAUCUCCAGCUCAAUGCACAGUCUCUCCUGGGGUCAUUACAGCCACCACCACUUCUCCAGUUACUGUGGAAAGUACCAGUGUGGCAGCAUCUACUGUGACCACUCCUAGCCAAACAAGAGCUAAUGAACCUUCCUGCUCUCCUGCUGCAAUUACAGUCACAGCUGCUCCUGCAACACAGGGAAUCAACACCUGUACUGCUCCCUCAUCCACCACUCCUGCUGCCACUGUGAACAUAACAAAAUCAACGGGGAUUGUUGCACCAGUAGUGACUACGUCAUUUCCUAAAACUGUGAUAACACCACCAACUGUUACUUGUCCUGUUGUCACGACAUCCACUUCUACAGUUGUACUAACAACAACUGCAACAGCUACGUCUGUGGUGACCACACCAACUUCCUCUGCUAGCUCUGUUCCGAUCAUACUCUCCGGAGUUAAUUCAAGUCCUUCACUGAAUCCAAAAAGAGAAGAUGCUGUUCCACAAGCUGCAAGUAAGACUCCCCAAAAGAUGUCUCCUGGAACAGAGAAACGCAUAGGACCUCGAUUGUUGCUGAUUCCAGUGCAUCAGACAUCUCCUGCUUUGCAACCGCUAAACAACACACAGCUUUCUCAGAGGCAGAGGAUGGUCCUUCAGCCUCUCAGGAGCCCUGGUGGUAUGAACCUGUUCAGGCAUCCUAAUGGGCAGAUAAUUCAGCUUGUCCCUCUGCAGCAGUUUCGAGCUGCAGGUGCCCAGCCCAGUGUACAGCCCACCAUGUUCCGCAAUCCAGGAUCUGUUGUAGGAAUCCGGUUGCCUGCACCUUCUAAGUCUACUGAGUCACCCGUGUCUCCCUCUUCCUCUGCGUCUUCUGCUUCCCCUCCCACAAAUUCAGCUGGACAAACUGCAGCACCCAAGUUAUCCCCUACAUCUAACGUAGCCACUCAAGCAUCUUCUCUUCUUCCGUCGGUAACAAGUUUUGUGUCACAGGCAGGCACUCUGACUCUGAGGAUCUCUCCUCCUGUUGCUAGCAGCCUGACGAAUCAAACAGCCUCCGACUCUAAAAUAAGCUGCAGCUCAGGUGGUCUGCCAGCUACCACUGCUAAUCUCAUACCUUUGCAAUCUGGUAGUUUUGCUUUACUUCAGCUCCCAGGACAGAAGACUGUGCCAAACUCCAUUCUUCACCAUUUUGCAUCUCUUCAGAUGAAGAAGGAUUACAGGAAAAUAUGCAAGAAAGACGACUUGGAUGCUGCUCAGCAGAAGGACGAUGGGAAGGCUUCACUCUCAGAUGACGUUGAAGUUACAGAGUCUGAGAUCAUAGUGUCAGAUAGGAAACAAGAAGAUGAUGAGUUGUCAGUUAACCAGUCAAAUAAUGUUGAAGAGUCAGCGUCUGGCACAAUUGCACCUGAUAGAAAUUCCACUACAUUAGAGAUGGUGGAGAAGGACUCAAAGGUGCUGGAGAGUUCUUGUGAUGAUAGCUUCUCUUCUCAGCAUGAUGUUUCCGCAGAUGUCAUAUCAUCUGACCAUUCGUACAUCAGCGAGAAGCCAAAUGAUGAGGAAGAAAAAGAGGCCUCUGAGGAGAAGGAGGAUUCUGUCCAUUCUGAUGUAGUGGAGGCUGUUUUAGUGAACUCAGAAACUGAUUGCGGGUCAUCAGACCAGUCUCUAGUUGCUCCUCUGGAUAGUGCAUAUCCACAGAGUCUGGAGAAUCAGGAGACCGCACAGUUGAGGAACAAUGGGAAGGAACAAAUACAUGCUGAACAGGAAGAGAAACCAGUAAAAGAGCGGGAAGGAGAUGCACAGACACAGGUGGAAGAGGACAACCAGGCAAGUUCUGGGCAGCCACCCAGUCAAAAAGAGCAAGACACACAGCUGGAGAACAAGAAGGAACAGAGAGGGGCUGAACUGUCUCGGAACAAGCAAGAAUGUCAGGGUGAUGCAGUGCAGCCAGAUAUGGAAAGGAAGGAGUGCAAGGGCUCUACAGAAGCAGAAAGUGUAAGAGAAGGAAGAGGAAGUAUGUCUGAAAUCAGUUCUGUAAAAGAGCAGGGUUAUGCUUCAGGAGAAGAGCAUACAGUCAAUACCGAGGAAGACAAAGCAAAUGUAGCUAGGCAGGAAGGCAGUAACAACAAAGAACAAGAUGCUUUUGAUUCUCAGGAAGAAAUGAAGAUGGGUCGUGAUAUUGUAACACAUGUCAACAGUUCUUGGAGCAAAAUAUCUAGCAUUGUACCCACUUUAGAAAAUAGAAGCGAGGUGGCUAACAAAGCUGAUACAUCUGAGAAAAGUGACUUCCCGGCACCAGAACAGAGGGCACAGGAAACCAGGCAUCACAAAAAGGGUUGCGUGUCUGCUGUUGAUAGAACUGCUGAUGAUAUGGAAGAGGAAGAAGAGGAAGAUGAUGAGGAUGAAGAGGAUGAAAAAACUGAUGAUUCUGCUGAUGAGACGCUGGAUGGUGCUUCUGACUUCCCAAGUGAAGAGGAAGUAGAUGUUGAAAAAGUGGAUGCGUGUGAAUACAGUGAGGAUGACGAGCAGGUGGACAUUGAGACCGUGGAGGAGCUUUCAGAGAAGAUUAACAUUGCCCGUCUGAAGGCCACAGCUGCUAAUAUCCGACCUUCCAAACAGAAAUACCAUGCUCGUAAUUCUUCGGAUGAAAAAUUAUCAGAAAAACCUACAAAGCAGAAACAUCAUUUCUGGAAAAGAAAGGUGAAGACUCAGGCAGAAGCCUUUGCUCAUUACCGCCAGACACACACAGCAAACGAGCGCCGGCGACGUAAUGAAAUGAGAGAUCUCUUUGAAAAGUUGAAGAGAACUCUGAGGUUACACAACCUUCCCAAGGUCUCCAAAUCCUACAUUCUCAAGCAAGCGUAUGAAGAAAUCCAAGGAUUGACUGAUCAGGCAGAUAAACUUACUGGACAGAAGAACUUACUGACACGCAAACAAGACGGUUUGAUUCGAAAAGUAUCCACGCUUUCAGGGAAGACAGAAGAGGUUGUCCUGAAGAAGCUAGAAUAUAUUUAUGCCAAACAAAAAGCAGUAGAAGCACAAAAGAAGAAAGAAGCUGAGCCAGAGGAACCUGUUGUAACCUCAACUGCUAGCACACAGCGAGAAGUAUCUGCUGCUCCCUCCAGAGAGCUGCCCCAAAUCGCUAUGACAAAUAGAAGAGGCAAGCCAUUGAUACUUGCCAGAAAAGGAGUCCGUGCCACAGAGGACACCUCAUCCUCUCUUACACUAACUGCUGCAAGCCUAGUGAUGACCCCACAGGGGCAGGUGCUUACGCUGAAGAGCCCACUGGUACCAGGGCAGGUAGCAGCUGUUCCUUCUACACUACUGCAAGCUGAAUUAAAGCCUCAAGCUGUCAGUACUACCAUGACAGCGCAAUCAGGUAUUGCUUCUGUGGUGAUUCAGCUGCCAGGAUCAACAGUUCCUGUUCAAGUAAAAGGAAUCCUUACUAACUCCACCAUUCCCAUUACACUGUCAACUGUUGCUGGAAACCCAGUGCCCCCAACGGUAGUAUCUGCUGCAGAGCCCCAUCCAGAAAGUGAAGAUUCAUUCAUGAUGCCAAAGAUUGUUAAUGUAACAUCACUGGCUGCCGAGGGAAACAUGAAUCUAAACCUGAACAGAAACAAAGAUUCUAAUAUAACAACAGCUGCAGGUACUCAGGCUUCUGAGGAAUCCUUGGUUGCAGCACCGCUUGAAAGUAGGAAGAGUGAUAGCAUCGUUUCAGAAGAAAAAGCCAAACCGUGUCCUGGAGACAGUGGCGGAGAUGGACGAAAUACCACAGGUCCCACAAAAGCUGUCUUUGAAAAUAAAGAUGGGUUUCCACAGCUCCGGAACGUGUCGUGUACAAAAGAACCUCUAGAGUCCCUUAGCAAAAAGGCCUGCAUUGGUGAGUUUGUAGGAAGCCAAGCCAGGAGGAAGGACAGUGAUCCUGGAGGGGAAAGAUCAAAAUCUAAAGAACUGCCAUUCCGCAAGCUGCAGAUCAAAGAUUCCAGGAUAGAAAUGGAAUUGAGGAAAGUAGCAUCUGCAAUGGAGGAGGCAGAACUGGAUGCAAGUGAGUUACUGAGCAGCAUUGAGGAGGGUGAUGACACUGAUGAAACCCUCACGUCCCUGCUCAAUGAGAUUGCCUUCCUCAAUCAGCAGUUGAACGAUGAUGCUUCAGCUAUGUCAGAACUGCCCAGCACGCUAAACUCGGAUUUCUCUCAUGAGGACACGGAAGCUCGCCAGGGAACAGCCAGUGAUCUCACCACCGCGGAUGGAUCUUCCUUCCAGUUUGGCCAUUUGGGAGGCAGUUUUAAGGAUCUUUCUGAAGUUCCAGGGGCUGGUGGCUCUAUAAGCCCUCUCCUGCUGCACCUGGAAGAUGAUGACCUUACUGAUGGGGACAAGAAUUCUGGGGAGCCUUCAUCUGAAGCAGAUGUUUUAAAGAUAGUAAUAGGUGCUGAAACAAAGGAUCCACUGCCCAAUCUGUCUGUCACCAGUGGUGGGAAUGGCAAAACCGUAACAACCUUGGCAGAGACCACUAAUGUGACUCCACCGGUGUUGCAGAUGAAAACUAAUCCAGAAGCUACUAACGCUGACACUUUGUGGAGGCCCAUGCCCAAGCUGGCACCGCUUGGCUUAAAAGUGGCAAGCCUGCCAGUGGACUCAGAAGGGCAGAGUAAUAAAGUGAUGCCCUUAUUGGCACCUGUAGCCACAAAACUGGCACCCAGUGGGGUAAAAACUUCGUUACCUGCCACAGUUCAAGAAGGACAGGAUAACAUAGCGAUGCCCACAUUGGCACCUGUGGUUACGAAACUGAAUAGUGCUGGGACCUUGCCCUCAAAUACAGCAGGCAAAUAA